UUCCACCUCGAGCCAGCCAUAGCCUCCUCUCCUCUCCACGCGACGAGCAAGUGGAGGAGCGGCGGCGGCGGCCGGCGAUCGAGCUGCUCGAUCGGCCAUGGAUGCUCCAGUUAUUACACUCCUCGUCUUCCUCGUCGCCGUCGCUGCGGCAACUGCGGCGGCGGAGAUGCCGCGGAUGGAGCACCCGCGCAAGGGCGACGGGUCGCUGAGCCUCCUCGCCGUCGGCGACUGGGGGCGCCGCGGCGCGUACAACCAGUCGAUGGUCGCCGCGCAGAUGGGAAUAGUAGGGGAGAAGAUGGACAUCGACUUCGUCAUCUCCACCGGCGACAACUUCUACAAGAACGGCCUCACCGGCGUCGAUGAUAAGGCCUUCGAAGAAUCCUUCUCCGACAUCUACACCGCCAAGAGCCUCCACAAGCCAUGGUACACCGUUCUUGGCAACCAUGACUACAGGGGCGACGCCCUCGCCCAGCUGAGCCCUGUUCUUCGCAAGGUCGACAGCCGCUGGAUCUGCAUCAAGUCCUUCGUCGUUAGCGCAGAGAUCGCGGAUUUCUUCUUCGUGGACACGACGCCGUUCGUGCUCAAGUACUGGACUGAUCCCAAGAACAGCAAGUACGACUGGAGAGGGGUUUCUCCCCGUGAAACCUACAUUGCAAAUGUCCUCAAGGAUCUGGAGGAUGCACUGGAGCAGUCCAAAGCGCCGUGGAAGAUCGUGGUCGGACACCACGCCAUCAGGAGCGUCAGCCAGCACGGCGAUACCAAGGAGCUCCUGGAGCAUCUCCUUCCAAUCCUCAAAGCACAUGGAGUUGAUCUCUACCUCAACGGCCACGACCACUGCCUCGAGCACAUCAGCAGCAGGGACAGCAAGAUUCAGUACCUGACGAGCGCCGGGUCGAAGGCGUGGCGCGGGGUGCAGACGGCGAACACGGACAAGGUGGAGUUCUUCUACGACGGGCAGGGAUUCAUGUCGCUGCGGCUGACGGCGGCGGAGGCUAGCCUCGCCUUCUACGACGUCGCCGGCAAGAUCCUCCACACAUGGAUGGUCGCCAAACCAGCCACCGGGUACUGAGAUAGUGAGAUUGCGAGCAGCUAGCUAGCUCUGUGAUGUACUUGAUGGUGUAAUGGCAAGCGGUGUGUGGUUUCAACCUAAACCCCCGAGGUGUUCGACGGUGAAACUUGGGUUUUGGUGCUAUUGCUAUGUCAACGGGGAUGAGUUUUCUCAUGAUUGAUUGAAAUCUUAUUCGUCUAAUUCCUCCUUCGGGACUUGUUCGGUUUGAAUGGAAUUGAAGAAAAUUGAGAGGGAAUAAUUUCACAUCAA